CAAAUAUCGUCCACUCUUGUCAUUUAUCUCCAAUCUCCCUCUGUUUUUCUUUUGUUUUUGCUCUCUUUUUUCCGUUCUUCCCUGCAUCUGGGUGCUGUAAAGGGAGGAGCGGCAACAGACAACAGUGCGAUCAUGUCGACGAUUAGCCUCGAUCCUCUCCUGUAUCACUGUGGUAAAGGGAAACAUAGAUUUCACUAUCGUCCUAGAUUCAAUACGCUCAAGCCCUGUUCCUUUAGUUAUUGUCCCAAUAAGCUUCUUCAUCAUGGCCGAAAGAGCUUUGUCAAUUACAAUUCUUAUAGGCUUCCUACUUUUAGAGCUAGCGCUACUAAUGCCCCUCUUCUUCAAACUUUCCAAUCUAAGGAUGUCUUGUUCCAGGAGACGUUUCCUCUCAAGCGGAAUGAAAAGUUGGAGGGAAGGAUCUCUGUCAGACUAGCCCAGGGGAAUGACCAGAAUCAAUGGGAGCUUACUGUAGGAUGUAACCUUGCUGGGAAAUGGAUUCUUCAUUGGGGUGUGUCCUUAAUCGACGACAGUGGCAGCGAAUGGGAUCAACCUCCUAAAGAAAUGAUACCCCCGGGUUCAAUACCCAUCAAAGAUUAUGCUAUCGAGACACCAUUGAAGAAAUCAUCCUCGUCUUCUUCGGGAGAUUUUGUUCAUGAAGUGAAGAUAAAUCUUGUCCCCGACAAAACAAUUGCAGCUAUAAAUUUUGUUUUGAAGGAUGAACAAACUGGAAUUUGGUAUCAGCACAAAGGGAGAGAUUUUAAGGUGCCUCUUUUAGACUACCAUGGUGAAGAUGGCAAUAUAGUUGGAACCAAAAAGGGCUUGGGUUUAUGGCCAGGGGCUUUGGGUCAGCUAUCCAACCUCCUUGUCAAAGCAGAAUCAAGUUCUAAAGAUAAAGGAAGGAGUGGUGAAUCUGGAGAUGCAAAGGAGGAAAAGAAGUAUUUGGAAGGAUUCUAUGAAGAGCUGCCCAUUGUAAAAGAAGUAGCUGUUGAUAAUUCAGUCAGUGUUUCAGUUAGAAAGUGUCCUGAAACAACCAAAAAUCUUUUGUAUUUGGAAACUGAUCUACCUGGAGAUGUUAUUGUUCAUUGGGGAGCGUGCAGAGAUGAGACUAGAAAAUGGGAGAUUCCAGCUGCUCCUCACCCUCCAGAAACAACAGUAUUCAAGAACAAAGCCUUACGUACCCUACUGCAGCCUAAAGAAGGGGGGAAGGGAUGUUGUGGAAUUUUUACCAUAGAAGAAGAUUUUGGAGGAUUUCUUUUUGUUCUCAAGCAGAAUGAGAACUCUUGGUUAAACUAUAAGGGAGAUGACUUCUACAUCCCCUUGUCAAAUUCUGGUAACUUGCCUGGUCAACAGAGAGAGAGCGAAUUAAAAGAUGCAGGAGUAUCUAAAAAAUCUGGAGAAGAAUCUGAAGGAGUUUCUGUUACUGCUUAUACUGAUGGAAUUAUCAAGGAAAUAAGAAAUUUGGUUACUGACAUUUCUUCUCAGAAGACUAAAAAGAAAAAAACCAAAGAAGCACAAGAAAGCAUUCUACAGGAAAUUGAAAAAUUGGCAGCUGAAGCCUAUAGUAUCUUCAGAAGUUCUGCUCCAACUUUUACAGAGGAAGUAAUUGAGAUGCCUAAACCUGUAGAACCACCUGUGCAAAUAUCCUCUGGCACAGGUUCGGGUUUUGAAAUAUUGUGCCAAGGGUUUAAUUGGGAGUCUCACAAAUCUGGAAGAUGGUACAUGGAACUUAAAGAGAGAGCUGCAGAAUUAUCCUCCCUUGGUUUCACUGUGCUAUGGUUGCCACCUCCAACUGAAUCUGUGUCACCAGAGGGGUACAUGCCGAAGGACUUGUAUAAUUUAAAUUCCAGAUAUGGUAACAUUGAUGAGCUGAAGGAUGUUGUGAAGACGUUCCAUGAUGUUGGGAUAAAGGUUCUUGGUGAUGUUGUGCUAAAUCAUCGUUGUGCACAUUUUAAAAAUCAAAAUGGUAUUUGGAAUAUAUUUGGUGGCCGCUUAAAUUGGGAUGAUCGUGCAGUAGUUUCAGAUGAUCCACAUUUUCAGGGUAGGGGCAACAAAAGUAGUGGAGAUAACUUCCAUGCUGCGCCUAACAUUGAUCAUUCACAAGAUUUCGUGAGAAAUGAUAUUAAAGAAUGGUUAUGCUGGUUAAGAAAGGAAAUUGGGUAUGAUGGAUGGAGGCUUGAUUUUGUCAGAGGAUUCUGGGGUGGUUAUGUGAAGGAUUACUUGGAUGCAAGUGAACCUUACUUUGCUGUUGGCGAAUACUGGGAUUCCCUGAGCUAUACGUAUGGUGAGAUGGAUCAUAAUCAAGAUGCUCAUAGGCAGAGAAUUGUUGACUGGAUAAAUGCUACUAAUGGAACUGCUGGGGCAUUUGAUGUUACUACCAAAGGGAUCCUUCAUUCUGCACUUGAUAGAUGUGAAUAUUGGCGAUUAUCAGAUGAGAAGGGAAAGCCUCCUGGAGUUGUUGGAUGGUGGCCCUCUCGUGCUGUUACCUUUAUAGAGAAUCAUGACACUGGAUCUACUCAGGGUCAUUGGAGAUUUCCUUGUGGGAAGGAAAUGCAAGGAUAUGCUUACAUCCUGACUCAUCCUGGGACACCAUCUGCAUUCUAUGACCACAUUUUCUCCCACUACAAAUCUGAAAUUGCAGCACUUAUUUCCCUCAGAAAACGGAAUAAAGUUAACUGCCGGAGUGUAGUUACAAUUGAGAAGGCAGAAAGGGAUGUCUAUGCAGCCAUCAUUGAUGAAAAAGUUGCUGUGAAGAUUGGACCAGGAAAUUUCGAACCGCCUAGUGGAUCCAGUGGAUGGUCAUUGGUUAUUGAGGGAAAAGACUACAAGGUCUGGGAAGUAUCAAAGUAAAUUCAGGUGAAUUCUGAAAUUUAGACAAUAGCUAACUUCUAGGAGACUUUGUGCUUGUUGGAUGAUCCUCAUGUAAACUGUACCAGAAGGCUGAAGAUAAUACUGCUAUUGGAUUGUGGAUAGGAGAUUUAUACUGUUUUCUAUGUAUCAUACAUAUUCAUUGGCUCUAUUAGAAGCAUUCAUCGAGGAGGCUGUUAAUGUUAUUGUAAAGUUCACCAAUUGGUGGCUAUGUAUAAACUUUUCAGCAGGUUAAUAAUAUACAAGGAGAUGUGGGUGAUGCAAUUGUAACCCUUUUUUCCCACCUCA